CUCAGUUCGCUACCCAUCAUUGAUAUCUCGCCGUAUCUCUUCCCAGGCAAUCACGGCAAGCGCAUGUCGACCGCUGCGGCCCUUCACUCCGCAUGUCUGGAAUAUGGGUUCUUCUACUUGGACAUAUCAAAAUAUGUUGACCCCAAAGAGCCUGAAGAGCUAACACGGUUAGCUCGAGAGUUCUUUGCCCUACCAGAGGAAGAAAAGUACAAGAUAGCUCUGAGGAAUGAGGACGGCGCUCGAGGAUAUGCCCGUCUGAAGGAGAACGUCACCAAUGGGCUAGCCGAUAAUCACGAAGGCGUCGACUUCUAUCGUCCAGUCGAAUUUCCUGACAGGACCAAGCCGCUGUGGGGAACGAAUCAAUGGCCCAGUAUCCCGGGCUUCCGAGAGAAGUACGAAGCCUGGGUUGAGAAGAUGAAAAAGCUGGGUCUAGCUGUCAUGGAAGCGAUGGCUACUGGUCUGGGCAUGACUCCCGAGGAGUGGGAGGAUUUGAAGUCCCAAGUAUCAAACAGUUUCUGGGUCAUGCGCAUGAUAGGGUAUCCGCCCUUGCCCAAUGAUUAUCAAGGUUUCUCAUGUGGCGCACACAAAGACUAUGGAUGCUUAACGUUCCUCUACGCGGACCCUACUCCUGGCGCCCUCGAAGUCUUCUUGGAGCGUCCAGGUCACCUAGUACAGACUGCACCCGAUAUCCCGCCAAGCGAGAACGUCGAACAGUUUGGUGUCUGGAUUAAGGCCGAUCCCAUCCCGGGCUGCGUGGUGUGCAACAUUGGAGAAAUGUGGGAAAUCUGGACGAACGGACUCUACAAGAGCACGCUUCACCGUGUCGUACAUCGCAGUUCUAACUACCGCGUUUCGAUUCCAUUCUUCUUUGAGCCUAAUUUCGACGCGUUCAUCAAGGCGCUGCCUGCGGCAUUACGUUUACAAGACGGAGAGCCCAAGAAGCCUGGCAAGCGGGCAAUCGAGGAAAGGAAAUAUGAGCCGGUCGUGUAUGGACAAUUCCUUCUCAGUAAGGUCGCGAAUAACUUCGAUACGAACGGAGUGAAGAGCAGAUACACGUGACGGACAUUUCGGGCAGGAUAUAUACUAGUAUGUGCUCUUACUGUUCCGAUUAUACUUAUCUAGAGGGGGACGGAAGUAUUCGCGCACACUAUGGGAUGGAUCUUCGACUCAUUUGUUUCAUAGGAUCCAGAUCUGAUACAGAGAGAUUGCGACGACGUUGAGGGAUUGAGGCACACGAUGAUUUGUCUGGGUUGAGAGGUUGUGUGGUUGUCACAGCUUGCUCUGUCCAGGCUUAGGCUCGUGGCUAACGCUUGUAUGCCAGACACCCGUCUUCAAUAUCCCAGUAUCCAGCAUCCCUAGCCACUCGAGUACAGUGGCUACGACAUCAUCCUGGAGUCCAGUAAAGUUAUGAUCGGCCUCCUCUACCAGGCAAAGGUUGUGCGUACCAGGACUUCUUGCACCCAGAGCGCGAGCAUAAAUGUAUGCAUCAUAUGGGGGUACAGUCUGGUCUCGGAGACCGUGCAUGGUUAACACGUCUGUCUGCUGGGGGAAAUGGUCCCAGACCAAAGAGGUAUCGAAAUUCGCGAACUCUUCCAUAUCGGCUUUGGUGACCUUCUGGGAGAAAGGCUGCCGAGCUACGGUAGCAUCGCGAAUGAACCAACCCUUGGUGUCGAGUUCAUGCUGUUUGUCCAUGAUGGUCUCUGUGAAUGUCUAUUAGCAUUGUUUUCGCAAAAUCAGCACGAGACCAACGAUGAAUUAGUGGCAUUCUGUACCGUCCAGACACAUUCACGAAACCUCUGACGCCAGCAGCCUCCUUGGCUGUGCACAUCCAGCGGAGCGCUGCGACAACUCCUCUUGAAUGACCGAUGAGCAAAUCGAUUACGUAUCCGAGCUCCGAGGUCAAGUAUGCUACGACUGCUUUAAGGUCUUCUACGUCGUUGUCGAAGGCACCCAUACGCCAUGGGCCUGGCGACUCAAAAUUGCCUCGGAAAUCGAAGCGGAACGAGUCUAUGGGAAGCCGAAGGGCGAGGCGUUUGAGGAAGAGAUAAUCUUUGUGUCCUAUAGUCCCAUGCAGCAACAGAGCAAGUCUCCGUCCUUUGGUCGGUUCCUCCGGGUUGAGCUGCUCAAGUACACCUGUCAGUGGGCUCUCGGAGUCCUUUGGAUGCGCGACACGGUGCUUUGUUGUCCUCUUCGUGGUAACAGAGUACGCCAUUUUCUAAGUCUCUAGGGGACAAGUCGAGUAUGAGCAGUCACCUACGGAUGGCCUGGAGACCGGGAUCGCAGA